AUGCAUAUCAUCAAGCCAGUCUGGCUGAUACAUGGAGGCGAGAGAAAGGAUUUCGAAGUUUACAGCUGUGAUGUUUCUCCUGACGGGAAAAGGUUGGUUACCGCGGCUGGAGAUGGAUACGUCCGAAUCUGGUCUACGGAGUCCAUUUACAAUGCCCUUAACCCGGAAUAUGCCAAUAAGCCAAAGCAGCUCGCGUCAAUGAGCAACCACUCGGGUACCAUCCAUACCGUUCGCUUCUCGCCUAAUGGGAAAUACUUGGCAUCGGGGGCGGAUGAUAAGAUCGUCUGUAUAUACACACUGGAGGCUAACCCUCCCUCACAUGCUUCGACGUUUGGAACGAAUGAGGCGCCACCUGUCGAGAAUUGGCGUACGAUUCGAAGAUUGAUCGGCCACGACAAUGACGUGCAGGACUUGGGCUGGUCGUACGAUUCUUCAGUCCUGGUUUCUGUCGGUCUCGAUUCAAAGGCCGUUGUUUGGUCAGGGCACACGUUCGAAAAGCUGAAGACCAUAUCGAUUCACCAGAGUCAUGUCAAGGGGAUCACUUUCGACCCGGCCAACAAAUACUUCGCUACGGCAAGCGACGAUCGCACCGUUCGAAUCUUCCGCUUCACUCCUCCAUCUCCCAAUUCAACGGCCCAUGACCAGAUCAACAACUUUGUCCUUGAACGUACCAUAUCAGCGCCCUUUAAUAAUUCUCCAUUAACAGCCUAUUUUCGCCGGUGCUCCUGGUCCCCCGACGGCAACCAUAUUGCUGCUGCCAACGCAGUAAACGGUCCUGUCAGUUCAGUGGCCAUCAUCAACCGUGGCUCUUGGGACGCUGACAUCAACCUUAUCGGGCAUGAAGCCCCUGUUGAGGUCUGUGCAUUUUCACCGCGACUCUAUUCCCGGCAGCCUGUCGGCAACCAGACUAUAGAUAACCAAACCCCGGCUGCCUCUGUGACUGUUAUUGCAUGUGCUGGAGGGGACAAGUCACUCAGCAUCUGGAUUACGUCCAAUCCUCGACCCAUUGUGGUUGCACAGGAUCUGGCCGUCAAGUCUAUUUCGGAUCUUGCCUGGAACCCUGAGGGAACCUGCCUUUUUGCAACCGCAUUGGAUGGCACGAUCCUCGCGGUUAAGUUUGAAGAAGGGGAACUCGGUUACCCCAUGUCGUUGGAAGAAAAUGAGAAAUCACUCAAAAAGUUUGGCGUGAAUAGGAAAGGCGCGGGAAUUGCAGAGACUACAGAUGGGCUUUUGCUCGAGGAGAAGAGCAAGGCUGGGGAACUCAAGGGCGUACAAGGCAGAAUGGGUGCUCUUAUGGGAGAUGGACAUGUUACUGCCGAAGGUAUGGCCAAUGGAACUUCUGUGUCUCUGGCGUCCAACGGUACAACACCUGCUCCCGGUCCAUCUCCCGGUCCUGAUGCCUCAAAGGCUCCAACGAAUGGAGCCACAGUGACACCAGCAGCGGUACCAGAACCGGAGAAACCCGACCCGUACCAGGCGAAGCUGGAGCGGUUAAAGCAGCGCCCGACGUACACAAAGGAGGGCAAGAAGCGCAUUGCGCCGCUUCUCGUUUCGGGAGCAGGCGGUGCUGAGUCGUCUUUACCACAAGCCCGACUGAUAUCCUCUAUCAGAAAUCAGGUCAAAACGGAUGCUCCACAGUCGAUUGUUGAUCUCUCGAAGCCAUUUGAUGGGCUACCAAAGGGAGGACUUUCCUCAUUACUUCUUGGCAACAAGCGGAAACUUGCUCAGCUCGAGGAUGAUGAGGAUGGCCAAAUAGAGAAACGCGUGUCGUUAGCAAGUAGAAACGGGGCGACACCUAUUCUCUCCAACGCGCCAGAUGGUCUUCUCCCAGCGCAAACACAGCCUUCGGUUACUGGGCAACAACCAACGCCCGAAUACAUCCGGCCUGCUGUCACAAACCCCUGCAUGGCGGUUAGCCAACUUCGACUGGCGGUGCCCAAAGUCCGUAGUCACAUUGUACGCGCCGUUGAUUCCAGUGGAAAUCCCACCGAAGCUCCCAGUUCGUCCGGAGACUCGAGUAAGACGACGGCUGACCUUGUCUUUGAGGCACGAAAUCCGUCUCCAGCUAGCUUAACCGGAAGAGCCAUUGACCGGGAGCCGGCACGUCUGGCCCUGUUUCGAGGCGAGCAGCCAUUAUGGCAAGAUUUUCUUCCCAGAAGCGUACUCCUCGCGACUGGGAAUCAGAAGCUGUGGGCGGCCGCCUGCGAAGACGGAUCAGUCUAUAUCUGGACGCCAGCGGGUCGCCGUCUUGUCAGUGCGCUGGUGCUGGAGGCACAACCGGUGAUACUCGAGUGCAACGGCCCAUGGAUUCUUUGUAUAUCUGCCGUUGGGAUGUGUUAUGUUUGGAAUGUCGAGCAUCUUUCAUCACCACACCCGCCUGUCUCCCUUCAACCUGUUUUGGAUGCAGCCAUCCACACACUUGGUGCGCACCCCACGGCAGCACCGGCCAUCACGAACGCGCGUAUCAAUUCAGAGGGCAGGAUUGUAGUGAGUCUCUCCAAUGGAGAAGGAUACUCAUACUCGCAGGCACUGUAUACGUGGCAGCGGAUCUCAGAAAGCUGGUGGGCUGUUGGCAGCCAGUACUGGAACACCACAGAUGCUCCCGUGGGCAAUCUUCAAUCUUCAAGCGCACAACGAGGAGAUACAGAAGCCAAAGCGGUUGUUUCGGCCGGUAUCAUCCCGUUCUUGGAACGGAAUACGACCAACGAAACCUUGCUCCGUGGCCGCGCAUAUUUCCUGCAGCGACUGAUCAAGGCUCUCUUAUCUAGCGAGGGAUACGAGGGCUUCGAAUCCAGCGUAUCUAUUGCUCAUCUAGAGAACCGACUAGCCGCAGCGCUUUCCCUCGGCGCAAAAGAGGAGUUUCGGCUAUAUCUGUCCAUGUAUGCGAAGCGCAUCGGGGCCGAGGGGCUCAAGAUGAAAGUCGAGGAGCUGCUGAAGGGGCUUCUUGGAGGUCUCUUUGAGGAAGAUAGUGAGACAGGGAACAUACGCAAACUGCAGCCGAAUGAGAAAGAGGGAAGAAGCUGGUGGGAUAGCUCGGAGACUCUGUGCGGAUGGCCGCGGGAGGUGUUAUUGAAAGAGGUCAUUUUAGCACUCGGCAAAUACCGCGACUUGCAACGGGUGACUGUUCCUUACGCUAAGUUGUUAGGAGUUGUCGACGAUGAGUCGGGACCGGGCGAUGCCAUGGAAACAUAG